AUGUACAACCUGCAAACUCUGAACCUCUCUGGUUGCAUAUAUCUUGGUGGACUUCCAAGACAACUGAAGUAUAUGACUACGCUCCGUCACCUUUACACUCAUGGUUGCUCACAGCUGAAGAGCAUGCCUAGAGAGCUCGGAAAGCUCACAUGCCUACAGACACUUACAUGCUUUGUAGCAGGCAGUGAGCCUGAUUAUAGUAAUGUUGGAGAGCUUGGAAAAUUAAACCUUGGUGGUCAACUAGAGCUACAGAAUCUAGAGAACGUCACAGCAAAAGAUGCAGCAGUGGCAAACCUCGUGAACAAGGAACUAAGAGAUCUGACAUUAAGAUGGUCUGCUGGAGAGACUGAAGAUGAUUCAAGAGUGCUCGAGAAUCUCAAACCUCAUGAUGGGUUGCAUGCUAUAAGAAUACACUUCUAUGGAUCCACCACGUUCCCAACAUGGGUGGCUAUGUUACAAAACAUUGUUGAGAUCCAUCUUUUUGAUUGUAGAAAACUACAAUGGUUGUUCAGCCAUGACUGUGAUACAACCUUCGCAUUUCCAAAACUAAAGCAUCUUACAUUGGAAGGUCUUGUCUGUUUGGAGAGAUGGUGGGAAAUAGGUAAUGGUGGGAUGCAAGAAGAGAUCAUGUUUCCUCUGCUUGAGAAGUUGCUUAUUGAGGACUGUAAAAAGUUGACAGCACUGCCAGGACAACCGACCUUCCCUAACCUCCAGGAGGCCAUUAUUCUGGAUUGUCCAAGGUUGACAACUGUAGCUAAAUCACCAAAGCUCAGUUUAUUACUCAUCGCAGGACGUGAGGACCAGUUGUUGCUAUGGGUAGCUAGACAUAUGACUUCAUUGGCCGAGCUGACACUGUUUUGCCGUAAGGACAAUACAGAAACAACCCUGGCGGCGGCUGAGGAUGGUUUUAAGGAAGUGGUGGACGGUAAGGAAGAAUGGAAUGGUCAUGAUCUCCCUCUUGCAGUUUUGAAAUUAUGUCACUUUAAAUCAGUUCUACCAGGGAUGUUUGCAUGUUUCGUACACCUUCAAGAUUUAUCAAUUAUGUCAUGUGAUGCGCUCGUUCACUGGCCAGAAAGAGAGUUCCAAGCAUUGGUAUCCUUGAAGAGGCUUGAGAUCAAGUAUUGCAGUAAUCUGACUGGAUAUGCACCUGCCGAGCCAUCAACAUCAGCAGAAACGAGUCAGCUCCUGCCAUGUCUAGAGUAUAUGUAUAUAUCUGAUUGCAACAGCUUGGUUGAGGUCUUCAACAUCUCUGCAUCUCUCAGGUAUAUUGAAAUUUGUUGUUGCAGUAAGCUUGAGUCCCCAUUCGGCAGGAGGCUGCAGCAGGGUCAGUUAGCACCAUGGAUUCAUCAAGGGUCAUCUAGUGUACUGGAGGUGUCAUCAUCAUCAUCACCCAGAGCGGGGCCGAAGCAUUUACAAGUAAAUUUACGCAGGUGUGCUGGCUUAACAGGGCUCCUCCAUCUUCCCCCGUCCCUCAAGCGAAUAGCAAUUUCUUAUUGUGAUGGGUUGACGUCUCUGGAAGCUCCCUCAGGAGUGCUCUCAUGGCUGGAGAGCCUUCAGCUUUAUGAAUGCAAUACCCUAUCAUCCCUACCGGAUGCUCAAGCAUACUCAUCUCUCCGAUGUCUUGACAUUGACGACUGCCCUGGUCUGAAAACGCUCCCUGCAAGCCUGCAGCAACGACUGGGCAGCCUCGAGUGGGAAAGAAUAGAUGCCCAUCAUUAUGGAAAUAAGCCUGUGCUUCUGAAACCCAAGACAUGGAAAUAUGCCAUCCGUAAAGACUAG